UAUGAAUUGGAUAAAAGACAGAGGCAAAGCUUCUAUACCGGGUAUCCGCGUAUCAGCGCUCAUAAACUUGGGGCUCGGCUAAAGUUGGUUGUUUAAAAAAUGGGAUAAAAGACAGGGCGGUUAAAAAACAAAAAAAUCGAAUUCAAAUCGAGGAGGCAAUGGCAGAAGAUGAGUCGAAGCGAGGAAAGUUGGAGACAGCAGCAAUGGCGGAAGUCACGGAAAUCGAGGUGGCUCCCAAUUCUAUCAAUGCUGCUCUCAUCUUCCAUCUCGUCUAUGACGUCUUAGCCUUUCUGCUCUAUAUGCACCAACAAAUUCCCUCGACUCUCCUUUGCAGCAUGUUGCAAGACAUGACUAUUCAAUUUGACACUCUACAAACUGAAUACAAGGAGUCGGAGAUACUUCUUACACAAAGUCAACUCGACGCUUCAUCUAGAAGAAAGUGCAUUGGAAGGAAAAGAGACGUCAAAUUAGAGAUUCGACGAUUUGAGAAAUUGAUGAAUACAGUAUCUGGUCUCCAGACUGCUCUGUUGCUCUUCCUCCGUGAGGUUCCCAAUGUUGAAGAUAUUAUCUUUGUUCUCGGAACCAGCCCAAGACGACCACAUCAUGUUUACGAAUUUUUUUUUCCACAUGAAAUGGUAGCUUCCUUAGCUUCUGAAGAUAUGACCAGAAAUAGGACAGUGGAGGUGCUAUCUAGAAAGGUCAUAAGAGCACUUAUAUCUAAAGGUGUGGGAUCGGCCACUUAUAAAGGCCCUUCAAAGCUAUUUCUCCUGGUGAAGGCUCCAACUCUUUUCAAUAUGCCUCUGCAUUUCCUACCCAAGCGUGACUUUCAGUACUCAAAGAAGAUACUGCCACUCAGGCUGCAACUUAGAUCCAAGAGCUCUCACCAAGUGAUGGAAGCCUCUUCUUGUAUCCCAGAGGCAAUCACUGACUUCAGCGAGAAGAGUCAUACAUGCAGCCAUUCAACUUGGUUUCAGUGUCGGCAUGUCAUUAAGGGAAUUGCUUUAGCAAACCCUUCACCUGAAGAUUAACAAAAAAGAUUGAUGUGAAUUUUUAUAAGUAUAUAAUUCUGGACUUUCCAUCUGUAUGUUUGUUUUCGAACUCUAAUCUUAGCGGUUAUUAGUUCUAUAUUCUAUUCUGAUUUAUAAAUACCAGUUAACAGAUCUAAGUGCACAUUUGACAAACAGUGUACCAAUCAUUUAUGGAGCUGCAUUGCUUAUCCUCGCAAUUUUAUGUAGACUAUGUACUUCAGAGUA